AAUUCUUUGAAGUGGAUAAUUUUGUCCCAGGAUAUUAUUUCUACGGACAACCAAUUCAACGGAGAGUUUUUCUGUACAACCAUGAACCUCUCCAGAGACAGAUGACUAUUCAGUAUCAGCCACCUCAGUGGAUGCAUCAAGUCUCUUCAACGUCCGAUGGAGGUGUGUCAGCCUUUGUUGCAGGAAAUUCCGGAUCAACAGGAACAGUCUUUCAGCCAUCCCUUGCUGAAGAAUCCACAGCGAAUGCCGAUGAAUCUUUUGCCACGGCUGAGAGUGAUCCUGAAGUAUCUUCAAAGACGGAAAUCCCAAAAACUGAUCCAGAAGUGACAGAAAAAGUUUCUCUACCAGAGAAAAAAGUUCAAGUUUUGGAGGAAUCUGAUGAAGAUCAGGAUGAUUUCUUUGAAGACAGACGUCGACCAAAUUCAUCAAAAUCAAAGGGCAUAAUGUUGUUUCCUAUGAAAUUUGGUUCUACUGAUGGAGCAGCAAUUGCCAUCGCCAACAGUUAUAGCACAGGAAGGGGAGGAAAUGCUGUUAGUCACGCCACAGCUUAUGGAAAUCCAAUGGAAAAGAAGAAAUUCAGAGAAAUUCCUUAG